AUGAAUCUGACGUGUAACAACACGUUGGAGCAUCUGAGAAUCGAACCCGGUGACGAGAUCGAAAUCGUCGGGCACCUCACCUUCCACGAGCUCGCCCGCAUCAUCGGCGCAGCAUGUACCCUGAUAGCCGUCAUGCUCAGCGUCUACCUCGCGUGGAUGCACGCCCUCCACUACACCAAACCUCGUGAACAACGAUACAUUAUUCGCAUCCUCUUCAUGGUCCCAGUUUACGCCAUCUCCUCCUUCCUGCAGAUCCAGUGGUACCGACAUGCCAUCUACUUUCAAGUUAUCUCAGACUGCUACGAGGCUUUCGCCAUUGCCUCCUUCUUCGCCCUACUCUGCCACUAUGUCGCCCCGGACCUGCACUCCCAAAAGGAAUUCUUCCGCAACAUGCGGCCCGUAAAGCCCUGGGUCAUGCCCGUCAACUGGUUCGCCGCCUGCUGUGGUGGCCAACGCGGUCCUUGGCGUACCCCCAAGAGCGGCCUCACCUGGUUCAACAUCAACUGGAUCGGCGUCUACCAGUACUGCUUUGUCCGCGUUGCUAUGACCGUUUCCGCAGUCGUUUCCCAGUACUUCGAAAAGUAUUGCGAAAGCUCCAACAGCCCCAUAUUUGCUCACAUUUGGAUCAUUGUCCUCAACGCGCUUGCCGUCACAGUUGCCAUGUUUUGUCUGAUCCAGGUCUAUGUCCAGCUCAAAGAACCCCUCAAGGAACAGAAGCUCUUGAUCAAGAUCGUCGCCAUCAAACUCGUCGUCUUCCUGUCCUUCUGGCAGGCUUCUGCCAUUUCCGUCGGCACCUCGACUUUGCACAUUGUCCAUGCCAACAAGGUGCUUGCGUAUCCCGAUAUCAAGGUCGGCAUCCCUGCGCUUUUACUCUGCGUUGAAAUGGCUGUCUUUGCUCUGCUUCAUCUUUGGGCUUUCCCCUACAAGCCAUACACUCAGUACGGUGCUACACCACGCUACUACCCCAACCCUGACCUGCAAAAGGGCGACAACAGGGCUCUCCCUAACGAACUUGAGGGCUCUCAGGGUGGCUUCUUGGGCUUUGCUGCCCUCUGGGACGCCAUGAACGUCUGGGACUUUAUCAAGGCCUUUGGCCGCGGUAUGCGCUGGCUCUUCUGUGGUAUCCGCCGCCGCAAGGAGGACAUUAGCUACCGCCGCCAAGACGCCCACGACAUGGACAAUCUCGACGAGCACAAGGGCAAAGACUCCUCCUAUGACGCUUACCGCCCCGGCACUACCAUGGAGGAGCCACCUGUGGGCGGCGAGAACCCAUACGUCGGCAAGGCACCUGUCCGCCCGACCCGCGAAGGCGACCUCGGUGUGGCUGUCACCAGCGGUGAGGAGAGCGCCGGCCUCAUGCAGCACGCCCAGACAAACCCGCGCUCGCGGCCCUUUGGCAGUGGAAGUGACGACUCAAGAAGUAACUCCCCGCCCCGUACACAGGUCCACGAGCCGUAUCUUCAGCCAUAUGAGGCCCGCUACAACAACAGUCCGCGACCGCAAGAACAGCACCCAUCCGCGCAGAGACCCAGCGGGCAGCCACCCGCGGCUUGGCCGCAAGACCCGUAUGCCUCGCAGCAGCAGUACCACCAGGCCGAGGAACAUGGUGUCAUUGGCCAGGCGAUGUGGCAGCCUCCUCCGCAGGGGCGCUAA